AUGGAUGACAUAGUAAUGACUGAUCCCCAACCACAGCCUUGCUUCAUGUUGGAAGUCCUCGGCGAUACCGAUGAAAGGUCUACACUGAAUAAUGGCAACGAGCCAGGAAAUCCGCUUCUGAUUAUUGAAGGGACUUACGAUCUAAUGCUGAAAAUUGAAGUUGAUAACUUUCCCUACAAAUACCCAGCACACCACCUGAAAAUUCAGGAUGCAGGAAUCUCAACCAACUACAAACUUGUGUAUUCUCCAGGAACCCAUCAUAAAAUGUGCGUGAUAUUCAAAUCCGAUGAUAUGCCCGAGAAAGAGCCACGGGCUGAAUUUGGAACAUUGGACGACGAGACCCUCCACCUAGGUCAGCACAAAUUCUUGCCUGGAAGGUUGCACAUCAUGAUUGUCGGGAACCUUGACCUAGACUUGGUGCCGAACGAGGAGGGAUCUGAUGGUGGAAGCAGUGUCUAUGAGGGAAGAAACACACCUGUUUUCUUGGAAUACUGGCUGCGUGUUUUGGAUAAACCAAACACUAAUGAAUGA